UGGGCCUCUCUAGCCUCACCAGGCACCACUGGGACUUCUUUUCUUCCCUGUUCAACUGUUAAGGAAAGUGAUGACAGGGCCCCCCUGGGUGAUUCAGGAUAACUUCCCCAUUGAAGGCCAUGUAUCACCUGGGAGUCACCUGCUCGAAUGCUGGUUGCAGCUCUUCCCCAUCUUCCUGAUCCCGUAUUUUAUAUUCCGUGGAGGGCUCUCUCCCCGUGACUUAUGUGCACAUCUUUGCCUCACAGCUGCUCUGCUCUCAUCAAUGUGCCUCUCAAGUACCGCCGAGGAGGAUCUUAACCUGGACUCGGAGCCCACCAUCGAAGAUACCGUGGAAGAACAGGGCAAAUGGGACUCAACCUUGCCUGAGACAAAGUCAGCUUCGUCCGUAGAGGAGGAAGGCACCGUCAAGGAGAUCGACAUCAGCCACCAUGUAAAGGAAGGCUUUGAGAAGGCCGACCCUUCCCAGUUUGAACUCUUGAAAGUUCUAGGACAAGGAUCCUACGGAAAGGUGUUCCUGGUGAGGAAGACCAAGGGAUCUGAUGCUGGGCAGCUAUACGCAAUGAAAGUUCUUAAGAAAGCUACCUUGAAAGUUCGGGACCGAGUCAGGUCGAAGAUGGAGAGAGACAUUUUGGCAGAAGUGAAUCACCCUUUCAUUGUAAAGCUUCAUUAUGCCUUUCAGACGGAAGGAAAGCUCUACCUGAUCCUGGACUUCCUGCGGGGAGGGGACCUCUUCAGCAGGCUCUCCAAAGAGGUGAUGUUCACCGAGGAGGAUGUCAAGUUCUACCUGGCUGAGCUGGCCCUGGCUUUAGACCACCUCCACGGCCUGGGGAUCAUCUACAGAGACCUGAAGCCUGAGAACAUCCUGCUGGACGAAGAGGGACACAUCAAGAUCACAGAUUUCGGGCUGAGUAAGGAGGCCAUCGACCACGACAAGAGAGCUUACUCAUUCUGCGGGACGAUAGAGUACAUGGCGCCUGAGGUGGUGAACCGGCGGGGACACACGCAGAGCGCUGACUGGUGGUCCUUCGGCGUGCUCAUGUUUGAGAUGCUCACGGGAUCUCUGCCAUUCCAGGGGAAGGACAGGAAGGAGACCAUGGCCCUCAUCCUCAAAGCCAAGCUGGGCAUGCCACAGUUCCUCAGCAUGGAAGCCCAGAGUCUGCUGAGAGCCCUCUUCAAACGGAACCCGUGCAACCGACUGGGUGCUGGCAUCGAUGGAGUGGAGGAGAUCAAGCGGCAUCCUUUCUUUGUGACCAUAGACUGGAAUAAGCUGUACAGGAAGGAGAUCAAGCCGCCGUUCAAACCAGCGGUGGGCAGGCCCGAGGACACCUUCCACUUUGACCCCGAGUUCACAGCACGGACGCCCACAGACUCACCCGGCGUCCCCCCCAGUGCCAACGCGCAUCAUCUGUUCAGAGGAUUCAGUUUUGUGGCCUCAAGUCUGGUCCAGGAGCCCUCGCAGCAAGAUCUGCACAAAGCCACGGUUCACCCCAUCGUGCAGCAGUUACACGGGAACAGCAUACACUUCACCGAUGGCUAUGAGAUCAAGGAGGACAUCGGGGUGGGCUCCUACUCCGUGUGCAAGCGAUGUGUGCAUAAAGCUACUGAGGCAGAGUAUGCUGUGAAGAUCAUCGAUAAGAGUAAGAGAGACCCCUCGGAAGAGAUCGAGAUUCUCCUGAGGUACGGGCAGCACCCGAACAUCAUCACCCUCAAAGAUGUCUACGACGAUGGGAAGUUCGUGUAUCUGGUGAUGGAGCUGAUGCGCGGCGGAGAGCUCCUGGAUCGCAUCCUCCGGCAGCGCUACUUCUCGGAGCGGGAGGCCAGCGAUGUGCUCUGCACCAUCACCAAGACCAUGGACUAUCUCCACUCCCAGGGGGUGGUGCAUCGAGACCUGAAGCCGAGUAAUAUACUGUAUAUGGAUGAGUCUGGAAACCCUGAAUCCAUCCGAAUCUGUGACUUUGGGUUUGCCAAGCAGCUUCGAGCUGAGAACGGGCUGUUGAUGACACCCUGCUACACAGCAAAUUUCGUUGCCCCGGAGGUCCUGAAGCGGCAAGGCUACGACGCAGCAUGUGACAUCUGGAGCUUGGGGACCCUGCUGUACACCAUGCUGGCGGGAUUUACCCCAUUUGCAAACGGACCAGAUGAUACUCCUGAGGAGAUUCUGGCAAGGAUUGGCAGUGGGAAGUACGCCCUUUCUGGGGGGAACUGGGACUCAAUCUCUGAUGCUGCGAAGGAUGUCGUGUCCAAGAUGCUCCAUGUGGAUCCUCAUCAGCGCCUGACGGCCGUUCAAGUCCUAAAACACCCGUGGAUUGUGAACAGAGAGUACCUGUCCCAAAACCAGCUCAGCAGACAAGACGUCCACCUGGUGAAGGGUGCCAUGGCCGCCACCUACUUGGCUCUGAACAGAGCUCCGCAGGCCCCGCGGCUGGAGCCCGUGCUGUCGUCCGGCCUGGCUCAGCGCAGGGGCAUGAAGAGACUCACGUCCACGAGGCUAUAGCGCGAGCAGGCCCUGCCGAGCAUCCUGGGCUGUCGGGCGCUGCCUCGGUGCCCACGCCCGACUCGGAGGCCCAGGUGCCUCUGCUCGUUCCACGCUUGCUCGCUCAGCCGGGAUCGGAUCCAGACCGGUGACCUCCCCACGCCUUGCUGUGCCAGCCUUGCCACCUCUUUACCCCGAGCAAAGCCAGACAGACUCAUUUCACCGCACACCACCACGCCCGAUGCCUGUAGGGUUCCUUCAGACCCCAUAGGUCUUUUACGAUCAUGGCUUAUAUUUAUAGAGAGAGAGGUUUUUUUCCAAUGAUAAAGCCAGUAACUGGGUCAGGUUUCCGACACACACGUGCUAGUGAUUCGGGUGGGCGGAUGCGCUGACCAGCUUACGGCACAGCCUCCCCGGGAGGGGCUGGCCUCUGCGGUCUGGGGUUGCCGGAAGGACAGGGUCGGCACAUGGCACCCAGAGUAGACGCCAGGUCCCCUCCUAAUGAUCCAAAGAGCCCUUGUCCCAUCGCCCUUCUCUCUGACUGAGGUGCUGGGUGUUCUCUCUGGGUCACGGACCCGCGGGGGGCAGAGCUCUGAACCGGCAGGCGGUGUCUUCGCCUGGGGAGCCUCUUUUCACAAGAAUGGCACGUACCUGGGGAGGAGCCAGCGAGAGCUUGUGCCCCCUGCCCUGUGUCCUUGUUCCCCCCACGGCCAGGGCUGCAGGGCUGAGGCUCCAUGCUCCCGCGCUGGUUCUAGCUGUGGCCAAGGCCGCCCAGGUUCCCAGAGCGCGUUGGGCCUGACGUCUGGCCGCGGCCUUCCGUCAGCCUCCUGUGCUUUCCCAAAGCAGUGGUUUUGCUGUGUUUGCCUUCCCCUCUCUGGUCCGCGGGAGAUCCGUGAGCCCUGACAACCCUGAGCUCAGUCCCUCCCUUUAAGGCGUGCUCUCAGUCCCAUGCAGCCGGGAGGGGGCCGGGAGGGGGCCGGGAGGGGAGCCAGAAGGUGGGCUACCAGGGAGCCAUGCACUUUGUAGAAACUGUGCUUUUGUGUUGCUUUUGUGUUUCUGUUUUUCACCUGAUGUUGCAGUGACAUUUAAUGUUUCCCUUGGGGUGCGUGCACACAGGAGGGGCGCAGUGCCGAGGGAGGGGCUGUGCGCCUCUUGUUAAAUGAAACCGGGACAGGCUCGGCACCACUGCCCGGGCAGGUGGGGGGAGAGCGUGUGGCCUUCGGCGUCCUCCCACCGGCCCCACCGGGGGUGCCCCCAAGCCGGCCCAAGACUCCCCGCUGCCCUCGCUGGGUGCGGGGCACCUGCGGCCCUCAGCCAGAUCUCAGUAAGAAGACACACUUCAUUGUUCCCUUGAUCCCCCGUCUCAACCAACUACACCACCUCAAAAAGACAAAAAACAACAUGCGGCAUUCUGAGUGUAACUCCUUAGCUUGUUCCAGUUGUGUUCAGACCUUAAAAUGUAACCUUAUUUCAGAAGCUUUUAUAAUUCUGUGAGCCUUUCUCCCCCCUCAGAGAACCACCAGACGUAAAGGCCGGGGAGGGGGCAGGUUCUUGAACCGGUUUCCCACAAAGCGUCAUUAGGCACCUCCCCUAUUUUCUUAAUAGAAAAUGCUUUUCCCCGAGGCCACAAAGGCUUGGUUCACAGUAGUUUUGUUUUAGGUCUGAAUUAUUUGAUCUAUUAUUAGAAGUUUAGGAAAAACUGGAUAGCCCUUAGGUCCCGGGUCUGCCCUCCUAGGAAGGCACCGAGGUCAUCACACCUUCCAUCUGCCGCCUGGGCCACAGUUCCAGGGUUCCCACGGCCAAGGUGUGCCGCCCGGCGGCCGGGCUGCUCGGGAGAGUCGGAGCUCGGAGGGACGCGGGCCGGAGAGGGCGGUAGCGCAGGAGCGGGCAGGGAGAGGGGACAGCGGCUGCUCCCUGCGCGCCCCCGCUCCUGCUCGUGCGCUCUCUCGGUGCCGCCACGCGCGCAGCCCCACCUGCCACAGCCCGAGAGCCGCAGAACGACCCGGGCUCACCUCGCACCAAGUUGUGCCCUUAGCGAAGGCCAGGGUGCGGCGGCGGCGGCGGCGGCGGCAGAGACCCUGCUGAACCAACUCUACUUGAAUGUCUGUGAAAUACCUCUGCUUUCUCACCUUAUCCAGAGCGCGGUGAUACUUGAAACCCUUCCAGAAAGUCAGCCUAGAGACGUCGAUACCACAGUUUAAACCGAAAUCCAAGGUCCAGUGGAGCAGCCAGCGGCUGUGCCUUCUAAGCAGCGGUGGGGCGCGAAGGAAGGGGUUUUCAUUUGCGUCCCCUGUGCGGCGCACCCCUACCGGCCCUGAGCGGCUCCGGGGCUUCACACAGGCGGCCAGACCACAGGGAGUCAGAUGGUUGCCCCACAGACCGCGGAACAGUGCUCCCCCGCCCCGGCCCGGGGUCAUAGCCCCACAGACCGCGGAACAGCCCCCCCCUCUGGGUCAUAGCCCCACAGACUGUGGAACAGUGCUCCCCCCCCCCCGGCCCGGGGUCAUAGCCCCACAGACCGCGGAACAGUCCGCCCCCCCCCCGGGGUCAUAGCCCCACAGACCGCGGAACAGCCCCCGCCCCCCAGAUCAUAGCCCCACAGACCGCGGAACAGUGCUCCCCCCUCCCGGAGUCAUAGCCCCACAGACCGCGGAACAGCCCGCCCCCCUCCCGGGAUCAUAGCCCCACAGACCGUGGAACCAUCCCCCCCCAGAUCAUAGCCCCACAGACCGUGGAACCAUCCCCCCCCCAGAUCAUAGCCCCACAGACCGUGGAACCAUCCCCCCCCAGAUCAUAGCCCCACAGACCGUGGAACCAUCCCCCCCCAGAUCAUAGCCCCACAGACCGCGGAACCAUCCCCCCCCCAGAUCAUAGCCCCACAGACCGUGGAACCAUCCCCCCCCAGAUCAUAGCCCCACAGACCGUGGAACCAUCCCCCCUCUGGAUCAUAGCCCACAGACCGUGGAACCAUCCCCUCUCUGGAUCAUAGCCCACAGACUCCUGUGAGAAAACCGCGCCCUGGCCCUCGGGCCUCCCCCGCCCCCCGACUGCCCCACAGCCCCCCCAGGGAGCCCACUCUGGUCUUGCCCCACCUGCAGGACCCCUGUUUGACAGGAACACCUGACUCACCCCACCAGAGUGAGGGCUCAGCCAGAUGCCGCCCCCAAGUCAAAUUUGGGCAAGAGUGAGAUUUCACCUGUAUCCUUAGGUCAGAUUGUCCGUGAUUUUAAUAUAACUUUGUGUGUUUUGAUGCCUGGAAGAUUGUCCAGCAUUUUAAGUGAUAAUAGUACUUAAUGUUAGCCAGUAUUGUUCAUUAAACGGUGUUACUCCUAAAGCCGCACGUUGGGACUUUUGCCUCACACUUGACUGAUUCUCUCAAGCACAUGACGAACUUGAUUUGCACUCUUUUUUUCUUUCCAAAUGGUUUUGUUGCCCUUCACCUCUCCAAGAGUCCUUAAAAUACUAGAAUGGAAAAGGACACUGCAGGUCCCUGGGUGGAGAGAAGACUGGAGGAGUAUCCAGCGUGGGUUCGCAGAGCUCGGGAGGAAACCUGGGGGACUCGAACUCGCCACCGCUGGUCGCCCGUGGAGCACGCUUCCAACCAGACCCCGACUCAGCACUUUGUUUACAAGCCCGCAUCUGUGUUUACAGGUCAUUCUUAUGUUCACGCUUUGUAUUUUAUGUUUGAGAUGGGCGGCCACUAUACAGAUAUUUAUUACGCUUUCCAGACUUUCUGAAUAGAUUUUUUUGAAUAAACAUGGGUUUUAUGAAGUGUAA